ACUCAUGUUUGUAUGAUGAAGGUGACGCAUCACUUCCGCGUUCGGCUCCCGGUCACGCGCACACACAGUCAUGUGACUGUGUUGUUGUGCUUCAUCAUGGCGGCGCGCGGUUUGUUUCCUCUGGCUGUGUUCCUGCUUCUGUGUCCGGCGGCGGGUGUGUGGUGUUUCCCCGGUGUGAGGGAACCGGUGUGUGGGUACAAGUCAUGUCCAGCAACGAAGCCGUCCAUGCUGAAUGUACACUUGGUUCCUCACACACAUGAUGAUGUGGGUUGGUUGAAGACUGUGGAUCAGUACUACUAUGGAGGCCGUAAUGAAAUCCAGCAUGCUGGGGUUCAGUACAUCCUGGACUCUGUGGUAUCGGAGCUACAGAAGGAUCCAGCUCGCAGGUUCAUCUACGUGGAGACGGCGUUCUUCUACCGCUGGUGGAAAAAUCAAGACGAAGAGACGCGUAACAUUGUCACACAGCUGGUGGAACAAGGUCGGUUGGAGUUUGUUAAUGGAGGUUGGUGUAUGAGUGAUGAAGCCAGCACACACUACAGUGCAGUAAUAGAUCAGAUGACUCUGGGUCUGCGCUUUUUGAACGACACAUUUGGACACUGCGGGCGACCUCGAGUGGCCUGGCACAUCGACCCUUUUGGCCACGCCCGAGAACACGCCUCCAUGUUUGCCCAGAUGGGAUAUGAUGGCUUAUUCUUCGGCCGCUUGGAUUAUCAGGAUAAAGCACGCAGAAUGAAGAUGAAAGAGAUGGAGAUGGUGUGGAGAGCGAGUGAGAGCCUAGAACCACCGACUGCUGACCUCUUCACUGGAAUUCUUCCUAAUGGUUAUAACCCACCUGUGGGGUUCUGUUGGGAUCAGUCCUGCUCUGACGCACCAGUGCAGGACGACCCGGACCUCCAGGGCUACAACGUGGACCAACUAGUGGAAACUUUCAUUAACAUCUCCUAUACCCAGGCUGAGAAAUACAAGACGAAUCACAUCGUCAUGACGAUGGGAUCUGAUUUUCAGUAUGAGAACGCCAUCCCAUGGUAUAAGAACAUGGACAAACUGAUCCACUAUGUUAAUGCCAAGCAGGUGGGAGGAAGCAAAGUCCAUGUGCUUUACUCCACACCUUCAUGUUACCUACAGGAACUCAACCUAGCUAACAUCACCUGGCCGUCAAAGACAGAUGAUUUUUUCCCGUACGCUGAUAACGCUCAUGAUUUCUGGACAGGUUACUUCACCAGUCGCCCUGCUCUCAAACACUACGAGAGACUCAGUAACAGCUUCUUACAGACAUGUAACCAGUUGGAGGUGCUCGGUGGCCCGAAGUCCACACAUGGACCGUUUGGGGAGGGAGACAGCAACACAUUGAAGCAUGCGAUGGCUGUAGCGCAGCAUCAUGAUGCAGUUUCAGGCACUGAAAAGCAGCACGUUGCCAACGACUAUGCCAAGAGGCUCGCUAUUGGCUCAGCACACUGCCAGGUGUUGGUCAGCAACUCUCUUGCACUUCUCAGCGGCUCUAAUGUGCCACGUGUCUUCUGUGAGAACCUCAACAUAAGUGUGUGUCCCAUUACUGAAAGCAGCAAACAGUUCUUGCUGAACGUGUAUAAUCCCCUCGCUCGUCCUGUGGGCUGGUCGGUUCACCUUCCUGUGAACGGAUCCGUGUACAACGUCACCGACUCAGACGGCACCCCUGUGGACAAUCAGGUGAUUCCUGUUUCCAAGGCGACACAGGAUUUGAGGCGGGAUCGUGGUUCUGCUCAAUUCGAGUUGGUCUUUCAAGUUCAGGCUCCUCCAAUGGGCUUCAGCACUUACACCAUCACUCUGGUGCAGGACAGCCCUGCCCCGGCCCCACCCAAACCUGGAGCUCCAACCUCCAUCCAAAAUAAGUACCUGAAGGUGACCUUUGACACACAAACAGGACUGCUUAGUGGUCUGACCAACCUGGAAACACAACAGACCAUCAAACUCAUGCAGAACUUUUACUGGUACAAUGCAAGUGUUGGCAAUUCAGAGAGUGUUCAGACGUCAGGAGCUUAUAUUUUCAGACCAAACUCAACAACACCCAUUAUUAUUAACACAAAGCCUGAAGUCACCACACUGCAGAACUCUGUGGUACAGGAGGUGAGACAGUGGUUCAGUCCGUGGGUGUCUCAGGUUGUACGUCUAUAUGCUGAGAGCAAAUACCUUGAGCUCGAGUGGACAGUAGGACCCAUACCAGUCAGGGAUUUGUUUGGAAAGGAGGUGAUCACUCGGUUGGACUCAAGCAUUGAGACAGAGGGAUAUUUCUACACUGACUCUAACGGCAGAGAGAUCCUACAGAGACGGAAAGACUAUCGCCCCACAUGGGACCUGAAGCAGACGGAGCCAGUUGCAGGGAAUUAUUAUCCAAUCAACACUCGUGCUUUUAUAAAGGAUAAACAGAAUCAGCUGACUGUAGUGACUGAUCGUUCUCAGGGCAUCAGCAGCAUUUAUAAUGGUUCCCUAGAGAUCAUGGUGCACAGGCGUUUGCUGUGUGAUGAUUAUCGAGGCGUGGGUGAGGCGCUCUCGGAGCCAGGAGAUUACAAUGACGGACUCUCUGUGCGUGGACGCUUGCUCUUGGCUCUGACUCCGCCCAGCACCUCGGCCGACACCCACCGCCCCCUCGGCCAAGAGAUGGUGUUCCAGCCAACCCUGUCCUUCCAGCAGGGGGCACCACAGAGCACCACACCAAAGUUCUCAGGCUUGAGCUCAGCACUGCCCCCUGCUGUUCAUGUGCUAACUCUGUCUCAGUGGGAUCAGGAUUCUGUGCUGCUGAGGCUGGAGCAUCAGUACGAGCGCUCAGAGAGCCAAGUUCACUCUCAGCCGGUCACAGUCAGUCUGCAGAAAAUGUUUUCCACUCUGGAGCUAGUGGGUGUGUCUGAGAUGAGUCUGGGAGCCAAUCAGUGGAAAGAGGAUGUGAAUCGCAUGCAGUGGAAGCUCAACAAAAGUGAGGCAGCGGCGCCCCUGCGUGAGCGUGUGGGAGACCCCUCACCCUGGGAGAUAACACUCAACCCCAUGGAGAUUCGCACCUUCCUGCUGCGAGUGCGCAACAAAUAAAAUGACCAAUCACAAAGCGGUGUCCCUGCAGCAGCCAGUGACUUCACAGUGCCGGUCAACCAGCCAAUCAGAGUUUAGCACAGUCACAGCUUUACUGGCAGAACCAAUCACACACCGUGUCUUUCAGCCUGCACCGAUUGAUUAAUUAAUUAAUUAGAAUUUCACAUUAAAUUCAUCUCUUUAGGGACAAGUGUGUAUGUAUCCUGUGUUUAACACUGUUCACACAUACAGAUCCCAGCAGUGCCAUGUGGAUAAAUGUUUUAAACAGGGUUUUUGGUGCAAUAUAUUAAGGUGUUUAUAUAUUUUUCUACUUUUCUGAAACCCUCUAAGAAUAAAUUCAUGAUUUAACAGAAA